GAAUCCGGUUCCGUCUCAGUCUCAAAGCAUCUAACAAUUCCCGGACGCAUGGAGCCUCCCUGUGAGCCCAUCGAGUGGACGCAACCCUUGCAGCUGCCACGUGCGGGUUCUCUUUGUGCUGAUUUCUUGUGGUCACAGCCUGGCAGCUUCCAAGACAGGGAGGUCUAUGGUCAUUCAGCCUCUGUGGUUGGUGACACAGUGUGGGUCCUGGGUGGCAAGAACCAAUCGGGAAAGCGCAUCAGCGUGCACUGCUUUUGUCCAAAGACACUGACUUGGUCCAAUCGCAGCCCUGCAGACAGUAGUUAUGCUCCUUGCGCACGCUGGGGCCAUUCUGUGUGCGAGGUGCCAGGAGCUUUGCUUCUUGUUGUGGGCGGCUUUGAUCAGAAGCACAAUCUGCGAGACACUUGGGGCUUGGACACUGAGGACGGCAGCUUUGUUGAUCUUUGCGAUGACUUGCUUAUUUUUGGUGCAUACCACUCAAUUGUCUUCGAUGACGCCACCAGCUGCAUCGUGCUCUUUGGAGGGCAGUGCUGUGUGAAUGGGCCAUAUGAGUACUACAAUGAUGUUCACGUUCUCGACUAUGCUGAUCCAUCUGAAGAAACUCCAGGCUGGCUGCCAGCUCUGGUAAAGGGCAAUGCCCCAGCUCCCCGGGCUCAGCAUGGGGCUGUGUUGGCUUUCGAGAUGUGUUGGUGCAACACCAUGCAGCGCAGAUCAAAGAUGGUAGUCUAUGGCGGGGCGGAUGCUCACCAUCAGUUCAACGACGUUUGGAUGCUCGACUUGGUAAACUAUACUUGGCAGGAGCUCCGCCCAAGCAACUUGAGCGAGCCUCCCCCGCCCGUGGAGGCCUUGCAAGAACAGCAUUUCCGAGUGAAGUCGUCCAGGAGCAUUUUAGGCCUACACGAGAUGAAGCUUAUGGUUCUUGGCCAGGGAAGGGGGCGCUCAUCGAAGAAGUAUGGCCUCUACGUGUUCGAUCUUCAACGGCAGGAGUGGAAGAUAGCUCCGACCAUGCAGGGCCGGCCCCUGUGGCGUGGCAAUGCCGCUGGGUGGAUCUCCCACGAUGAGCUUUGGGUGCACGGGGGCCAUCUCGGGGAUGAUACUCAACCACGCCAGGUGGUCUUGCGCCUGCAAAGCGGGCCGACGGCCUUGAUCCAGAGGACAGUGAGAGGCAUCGUGGCGUUGCCGCAUGAGAACUUGAAACUCGUCUUCAGCUUUCUGAGUGGAUCAGUGGCAGACCUACUGUGGUCUUGAUCUGCCUGGCUGCAUUUUCUGGGCGGAUGAAGGACAGUCUGGAAUGUGAUGCCAAUCUUCUGCAGCUUUGCCAGUUCGUUCACAGCUUCUUGCAAAGAGUGGUGUGUGCCACGAAUGGCAGACGCCACGGCGGUUUUUCAGUCUCAUAAGGAUUGGUAUCAGACCAGAUGGUACCGGCAUGUGGAUAGAUUUGUAACAAAACUGUAGCCCACGAUGCCGACUCCAUUUUCCUGUCAAUUUGCUCAAGAGGGUUUUAGUUGCGUUGAGCAUGUUGGGCCACAGUACCCAAUAAAUAUCACGGGUGAGUUCAACAGUCAGCCGACUUUCCA